CUGAGAUACUAGUCUUAAACCAUGAUUUCAUCAUUCUUGGUCCUGGUAGUUCAAUAAGAUUCGGAAAGCAUGAAUUGAUGAACGAUCUCCAGAAUCUCUAUCAAGUUUUUAAUGAGUUACAUUGUGCAAGUUCAGAAAUUACCUUCUUGAGGCGUAAAGGCUUCAAGUCUUUCUUAAAAAAGUUAUAUAACUUGAGUUGUUAUGGAAGGAGGGAAUUGAAAAUCUUUCAAAGAGAGGCGAUGUGGGUUUUGGAUGACCCUGUGUUUUUCAUGCCGAUUGAAAGUAUGAACCUUAUGGAAAAGUUAUAUUUAAUUGUGCAUAGGGCCAAAAUUAUAGGACGAUCUCAGCUCCUAAACCAUUUCCGUCAAGAAACUAUAAGCCGAGAGUUGGUCGACUGGCAGACAAAUGCCACGCGUUUGGAACCCUUCAAAAAUGCAUGGCUGCAUAUGUGUCAGAAUGUGAAAAAAUAUAAUUCCUCUGGUGAUCCUGUUGAUAAUGGUGCAGAAAAAGAAGAUAAUUCCUCUGGUGAUCCUGUUGAUAUUGGUGAGGAAAAACCAGAUCAUAGUUCUGCGGAAGAAAAAGAUAAUUCCUCUGGUGAUCCUGUUGAUAUUGGUGCGGAAAAACCAGAUCAUAGUUCUGCGGAAGAAAAAGAUAAUUCCUCUGGUGAUCCUGUUGAUAUUGGUGCGGAAAAACCAGAUCAUAGUUCUGCGGAAGAAAAAGAUAAUUCCUCUGGUGAUCCUGUUGGUAUUG